GGUGCUUGAUGGAAAGUCAUUCUGCAAGAUGGAUUAAGGCAGCCUGGUUUCCUGAGGAGCUGUUUGCCACAUCCUACCCCAGCAAUUCCUGCCUGACUCCCACCAGCCUCAGUGCCUGGUAGCUUCUCCUUCCCCUGGGCUGCACCCAGGAGCUGCCGGUAUCCCAAUCCACCCUGUCCUUAUUUGUGCAGCCAGCUGAGUCAGGUGCUCCUGUUUGCUGUGCCGGCAGCUGGGAAAGAUUCAGGAUAUUUACCCAGCUGUCCUUGGCUUCUCAAGGCUUCUGUCCUCUAUCUGGCCUGUGGUUUUGUAAAGCUCAUGCAGGGGUACCAAGAGAUGCUUCAGUGGUGAGACAUCUUUUACAAUGCAAGUUAGGCAUGAAAUUCAUCAACUAACAUCCCCUUCCUCACCCUGAUCUCCAACAGACUUCCUGUAACGCUUGGAAGAAAGGGUCAGGGGAGAAGGGCUGAAGGGCACCAUGAAGCUGAAGCAGCGAGUCGUGCUGCUGGCCAUCCUCCUGGUCAUCUUUAUUUUCACCAAGGUUUUCCUCAUCGACAACCUGGACACGUCGGCCGCCAACCGGGAGGACCAGCGCGCGUUCCAGCGGAUGCUGGCGGGGCUGCGCGUGGCGCUGGAGCCGCGGCUGGAGCACACGCUGCAGUCGCCCUGGGAGAUCGCCGCGCAGUGGGUGGUGCCCCGCGAGGUGUACCCCGAGGACACCCCCGAGCUGGGCGCCGUCAUGCACGCCAUGAGCACCAAGAGGAUCAUCAAAGCUGAUGUGGGCUACAAGGGGACGCAGCUGAAAGCUUUGCUGAUACUCGAGGGAGGGCAGAAGGUUGUCUUCAAGCCCAAGAGAUAUGCCAGGGAUUAUAUAGUGGAAGGAGAACCCUAUGCUGGCUAUGACAGACACAAUGCAGAAGUGGCAGCCUUUCACUUGGAUAGAAUCCUGGGUUUCCGCCGAGCCCCGCUGGUGGUUGGCAGGUUUGUGAAUCUGCGCACAGAGAUCAAGCCAGUGGCCACGGAGCAGCUCCUGGGCACCUUCAUGACUGUGGGCAAUAAUACUUGCUUCUAUGGGAAGUGCUACUAUUGUCGGGAAACAGAGCCAGCCUGUGCAGAUGGGGACGUCAUGGAGGGCUCAGUGACCCUGUGGCUGCCGGACGUUUGGCCCCUGCAGAAACACCGGCACCCCUGGGGCAGGACUUACCGGGAGGGCAAACUGGCCAGGUGGGAGUACGACGAGAGCUACUGCGACGCCGUGAAGAAAACGUCGCCGUACGACUCGGGCCCGCGGCUGCUGGACAUCAUCGACACGGCCGUCUUCGACUACCUGAUCGGCAACGCCGACCGGCACCACUACGAGAGCUUCCAGGACGACGAGGGGGCCAGCAUGCUCAUCCUGCUGGACAAUGCCAAAAGCUUUGGAAACCCUGCCCUGGAUGAAAGAAGCAUCUUGGCUCCUCUCUAUCAGUGCUGCAUCAUCCGAGUUUCUACCUGGAACAGGCUGAAUUACCUGAAGAAUGGAGUCCUGAAGUCUGCCUUAAAAACUGCCAUGUCGCAUGACCCCAUCUCACCUGUGCUCUCUGACCCUCACCUGGACGCCCUGGACCAGAGGCUCCUCAGCAUCCUGGCUACAGUGAAGCAGUGCACAGACCAGUUUGGGCCAGACGUUGUGUUGGUGGAAGACAGGAUGACUCUGUCUCACUUGUAAUCAUAGAGGAACACGAGAUGAAACUGCUUUUUUUAAAAAACAAACAAACAAAAAAGCGAUAGAAAAACAGCACAAUCAGUUCAGAAAGGCUGUGGCCAAGAUGGACUGACAUGAACAGGAAAGCUCCCGAGCCAGAGGAAGGGAGGUGACACUGGCUUUUUCCUUGGGCUGGCAGCAGUGGGGGGUGGGAAGGGGGCUCGGAUGGCUCAGCCCCCGUGGUGGCACUGUGGCCACUGUGGCGUGUCCAUUGCCGGCAGUGGGCACACGCUGGAUAAAAAUGGCUCUUGGUGCUGGUGCAGUGUGUGGGAUACAGAAAUUUUGUGGACUGGAUCUGGAGGGGUCAGACAUGAACAGUUCAGUCCUCUCCCCUUGUCUUCCCCCUGUACUCUGGCAAGUUGAUUCAGGAUUGUACACAAUCAGCUCUGAGCUGGUUGGGCAUUUUACUGCUUCUCUAGAGAACAAGUGGGGGGAGAAUAAAAUAACUGUUAGACUGAAGAGUUGUGCCACCCCCCCCAGGGUGGGAGAGGGGAACCUCUGCUGCUCACUUGGCUUUUCCUUGAUAAAAGGCUGGGAAAGGGGGUUGCCUCAUAUGUGAUAAUGCUUCACUGGCUUUGCUGAAGUCCUAUCAAAAGUUUAUCCACAGGGUCAGAGAUUUAGGAGAGGACAGGGUGGUUAUACAGCACUUGAUAAUUAAGGAGUUAUAAUAAGUUUUCCAUGUUUCCUUGUUUUUUAAGGAAUCUGGCAAGAUCUGAGUAGAGAAAAUAUCCUUGCAGUCCUGUGCAUUAUAACCAAAUUUUCAUUCUCUCGUAGCUGAGGAGGACAGAAUCUGUCCUUGGAAGCAGUUCUGUGUGGCAAGGUUGGGCUGUGUUACUGUCAGCCCUGAGUGCUGUGGAGCCUCUGGGCAUGUGGGACUGGGGGAAGAGGUGUUUGCUGGGCUUCCCUAGUCAUCAGCAGUGACCUGAGGUGUGCAGACAGUCCCAACUCUCACCUGAGAGAGCUUUCUGCUGCUCCCUGUGACCACAGCUCAGCACUGCUGGUCUUGGAGCACCAGUGCUGGGGUCCCACGUUCACCUGGUUUGGCUGUGGCUGAGCUCAGCAGUGACCACUUCCAGGAGGUUUUCAUUUUCUGCCUUCCCCAGCUGCUUUCUGCAACCCCCACUGUGAUGUUCUGCCUGGGGUGGUCAUCCUGGAGUCCUCACUAAUGGUUUUGCCAGACAGAGAAAAGUUGGCUUUUCAGGGCAGGCUUGCAGCAUUCAUCUUGUGCUAGUCCUGCUGUCCUUCAGCACUGCAGCUUGUGCUGCCCAUGAGUUUGUGUCAUAAAACUUGGGACAGGUCUCAGUUUGUGUCUCCAGAAGAGAAGCAGCUUCAUCACUAUUUCCAAAUUGAACAGCUUUGCUUCAGUGUUCAGCCAUGGUCCUUCUUGUAAGGAAAGAGCUUCCUUCCACACGUGAUUGCAGGUUACUGGACUUGAGAGCAAGAGUACCAAAAUGUCAGUUUGAGCCCUUUUCCUUGAUUUUUCUGUCAGGAUUUCUCUUAACUGCAAUGUGGCAAGCAAGUAAAGAGCUGUUUCCUGUCCUUGCACCUUGGCCACACCUGAUCCAGGAGGUGUCAGGAGAGAGUUUAUCUGAAAAAUGCAGGUAUCAGUUUAUUUUGUUGAAGUCUUUUUCUCAUCACAUGAGCAGAGUUUCUUAAAAGUAGAAUGAGACUGUUUACCUGAGAUUGAAUCUUAUGUUAUUCUUGCUCUCUUCUGGACUUGGCCACAAUCACAGAUGUGCCCCAGAGCAGUGAGAUGCUGGGAUGGGAUCUGAAGUUCUUAGUAUGGUGACAAGCUUUGAGAACACUGUGGAGCUUGUGCCUCUACCACCUGAUGGCAGAACACGCUGCAGAAGGCUGUGGGUGGUGCCUGUGGGCCAGGAGCAAGUGCUGGUUUAAACUGUUUCCCAGGAAAUUUCAGAUGACUUGCCCAAAGGGAAGAUGGCAAAGCACAUGGUUGGUGGCUUGUAGUGUUUCUAAAAGCAUAUUCUUCUCUUUGGGCUUAAUCAUGAGCUCUUAAUAUUUUGGGAGGGAUCUACCAAAAUUUAAUUUUUCAUUUCUCUGUGAUUACUCUUGAUAUUUACAUUUGAUUUAAAAAUGGGUUCAAAAAAAGGUCUUUCAGUCUUUGAAAUUAUAUUAGUGUUGAGGACUUAUAUAUUGCUCUAAGCUAAAGCUUCUGCUGUCAGAUGGAACCUGGGGAUAAGUUUUUCCCCAGUAUAAAUGUCAAAGAUUUAAAGCAGGGUAUUGGUUUAUUUUGGUUUACUUGUGGACAAAGGGCAUGAAGUCCAGCAUUAUCAGUAGAAGGAGGCAAGAAAUGGUUGUUUUUUUGGGGUUGGUUCUUUAUUUGUGAUAUUGAUGCUUCUGAUUGCUGUAAACACUACUGGUGUUUGGUGUUCUGCAGCAGGAAAGAAAAAUAAAUUCCUCUCUUAAACCAAAAUCAGGAAGAUCUGGUUUUGGCCUUGUGACAAUUUCUGCCCUUUUGGCAGUGGUGGUCAUUUUGCUUGAACACAGAACCCCAAGAGAUUUUAAAUAGUAACCAUUGCAAAGGAAUUGAGGAACUGCAUCCAUGUGCCAACAGGGUCUGCUUGAAUCUCAGAGAAAUAACAUUGUUUGCAAGGCAGGAGCUCUGUCGAGGUUUUGGGGACACCUUCUGGUUCUUGUUCACUGUGCACCUGCUGGCCCCAGAUGUUACACAGUGGUUGUGUCAUGGUUAUCAAUGAUACCAGAGUGCUGGAAGCACAGAAAUCAAGAACUAAUUAAAGAGCCUCAUCAGCCAUCUGCUAUUUGCCUCCACCUUCCCAAGUCAGCUGUCAGGGGGAGGAGACACUCGAGUCAGUUCCUUUUCUAGCAGCUGAUGAACUGGAGUGUGUCUUGCCAAACAAACUUCAACUAAAAGUACUAAUUUAUUAAGAAGGUAAUUUAUUUACUGCAGCAGCUGGAGCAAGAUGCUGGAAACAGACCCCCUCUCAGAUGUGCCAGAGGAUGCCCCUGGGAGCUGCUGCACAAAUGGAGUUGCUAAUAAGCAAACAGAAUGCAAUCAUGACUUUCUGCUCCUAUCCCCCAGGGUCAGAUCCCACAUAAAGCAGCAUUGUGUGAAUAAAGAUUUUAAUAAAGCAACAUUGAUGGA